UGCCUUCAUGAAAAAAACUUUUGAUUUUUUCCCUAAUUUUUCAACUUUGAAAGCAGGAUCAAUCAAAAGAUUUUCAGCCAUGUUAUUUGCGGUUCACGCUGCGAGCAUUUCAGCCUCAUUCAACAGCUGAAGCAAUAUAAUAAACGGCAUUGUUCUCAAUCGAUAGCUAUUUCGAUAUAUCGUUUAGCCGCUCUAUCAAAAUCAAGAUUUCAAUUUUGGAAAGUGUUCUUCGACAUGUAUUUUCUGUUAUAUUUAUUCACAUUCAUAAAAGUUUGAUUUAGUUUUUGAAAAAUAAAUCAACAAGUUGGAAACUUCUUUUUAAAUUUCAAAUUUUUUUGCUUCUUCAUUCAUAUCAUUUGUGUUGAAUAUAUUUGUUUGUGAAAAAAUGGACCAACAAAAAUCACAUGGAAUAACCCAUGUAAUUUUCGAUAUGGAUGGACUUAUAUUUGAUACGGAAACUUUGUAUGAAAAAGCUUAUAAAAAUGUACUUGGCCGUUAUGGAAGUGAAUAUACAUUAGAUUUAAAAAUUAAAAUUAUGGGUCGUCCUGGUUUAGAUGGUGCCCGAAUUCUGAUUGAUGAAUGUAAAUUACCAUUGACCAUUGAUGAAUAUCUAGCCGAAAUGACUAUUGAACAUGAUAAAGUUUUUAGUGGUCAUGUACCAUUGAUGCCCGGUGCUGAACGUUUAAUUCGACAUCUUUAUGAUCAUCAAAUUCCAAUUGCCGUUGCAACCAGUAGUAAACGUUAUACAUUCAAAUUGAAAACCAAAGAACACGGUGAAUUAUUUAAAUUAUUUGAUCAUAUUGUUAUUGCAAGUGAAGAUCCUGAAAUAACGGCUGGUAAACCGGAUCCACAAACAUUUUUAGUUUGUGCUAGACGUUUUCGGCAACCACCAUCAACAAUGACUUCGGUGCUCGUAUUAGAAGAUUCAACAAACGGUGUACGAGCAGCAAAUAAAGCCGGAAUGAUAUCGGUUUGGGUACCCGAUCCACAGAUUCGAUCACGACAACAGAUUGAUGCCCAUUAUACAUUGGAUUCCUUGCUUGAUUUUAAGCCUGAACAAUUUGGCCUGCCACCAUUUUCAAUUAACCAUUAAAAAAAAUUUAAAAAAAAUAUAGACCUAUUAUUACUUAUUGAACUAUAGAAAUAAUAAAUUGUUUUUUUUUCUUAUCUUUAUAAUAAUUUACAUUUAUAUUGAAUAAAAUAUUGAUUUGA